AUGUCGCGCCACAUCAGCGACUCAGGCAUCACCGGCGACCAGCUGGCGGCUGCCUGCAGGGUGCUGGACGGCAGCACAGCCGGCAAAAUCAAGGCGGCGUCGGAGCGUGCCAGCCUGGCGGCGGUCAUCGCCAGCCUGGCGGAGGCCCCCGGCCGAGGCCCCAGCGUGGCCCGCGUGGCGGCGCAGGCCGUGGAGUUCAUCUGCGGGUACUACAAGGAGGAGCUGAGCGAGGACGUCAAGGCGGCGCUGGCGGCGGCGCUGGGCGCCUGGCUGCCGCGCUGCUCGGGCAUGCCUGAGCCCGCCCUGGCCCGGAUGACAGAGAGCCUGAAAGAGAAGGAAGCGCUGCGCCGCGCCCACCUGCGCGCGCUGGCGGCGGCGCUGCGCCAGAACCAGGAAGCGCGGGGGCAGGCCGCCGCGCUGGCUGCGCCGCUGGGCAAGCUGGUGCUGGAGGGGUGCGCCAAGGCGGCCGCCCGCCUGGACGGCCUGCUGGCGCUGACGGCUGCCGCCUACAUCGCGGCGGCAGACCUGCAGGCCGACGAGGCGCUGGCGGCAGACAAGGUAUGGGAGGCCGCCUGCGGCGCCGACAGCCCGCUGCUGGCGCCCGGUACCGCCGCCAGGCUGGCGGCAGAGGAGGCCGGCGGGGCGGCGGAGGCGGCAGAGGUGCUGCUGACUCAGCACGCGCGCCACCUGGGCGGGGAGAGCAGCGCCGCCGCCGCCGCCGCCGCUCGCACCCUGGCCGUGCUGCUGCUGCACGCCGCGCCGGCGCCGCGGGCGGCGGCCGCGGCCGCCGCCGCCGCCGUCUCCGGCACGUCUACAGAGCUUGCCUCCACCCUGGUGGCAGGCCUGCAGCACUGGGCCAGCCACCCCGCAGCUCCCGAGGUGGCGGCGGUGCUGGGGGAUGCCGCCCCGCAGCCGCGGUUUGCCGCCGCGGCCGUGGCGGCGGCGUCCGCGGCCGGCGCCGUGCCGCUGUCCACCGCGCUGGUCAGCAGCCUGCUGCUGCUGGCGCACCACCCCACGGUGGCUGGCGGCGGCGGCGGCGGCAGCGAGGCCUGGGCGGCAGCCGCCCGGAAGCUGGGCCCCGUGGCCGACGUGUUGGCGGCGGCGCCUGCUGACGUGGCGGCAGCGCUCGUCUCCAGCCGCACUGCAGGGGCCGCCUCGGCAGACCCAGCGCAGCAGGCAGCGGCCCGCGGCGCCCUGCGGGCGGCCAUGGCCCUGGCGGCGCUGCCGCUGUUCCCCGCGGUGCUCGCUGAGCUGGAGCCGCUGCUCGCCACGUCAGCGCACGACGCGCUCAGCGCGCGCGACACCAAAAUCUUCUUCACCCCGCCAGACAAGCUGUCGUUUGAGAACGAGGACGGCACGAUCAUGGCCGAAGAGAUCUUCCAGCGCCAGCUGCUCACCUACCGACCCAUCCCGCCCCCCACCCACCUCCCAGACUGCCCCCAGGAGCAGCAGCAGCAGCCGCUGGGGCAGGGCCAGCAGGCGGCCGCCGCCGAGGCCGCCCCCGUGGCAGCGCCGGCGGCCAAGCCGGGCGCGGCCGGCAAGGCCGGCGGCACCCCGGCCCGUGGCGCGGGCGGCCGCCCCACCGCCGGCGGCAAGGCCGGGGGGCCCGCCAAGAGCAACGCGGCGGCCGAGGCGAGGGCGCGGCAGCUGGGAGGCGAGGCCGAGCUGGACACGCUGCGCCCGCUGGUGCUGCCGCUGCUGACCUCCCCGCUGGUCGGCGCCACCGCCGCCUUUGACUGCUGCCGCCAGCUGGCGCGCUGCCUGCCCGGCGAGCUGGGCGGCGCCGCGCUGCCGCUGGCCUGCGCGCUGCGCCUCGUCAUGCUGACUCAGCAGGAGGGCGCCGCCGCAGACUGGCAGUCCCUGGCGGGGCGGCGGUGCGUGGCGGAGGCGGUGGGCGCGCUGCAAGCGGCCACCGGCGGCAGGCCUGGGGAGAACGGGUCGGCGCCGCCGCCGGCGCUGCGCCGCGCGCUGCCCGGCCCCUCCUACAUGUACUGCUUCCCCAUCCUGCGGGCGGUGAUGAGCUUCCCGGAGCCCACGCCGCUGCACGAGGCGGCGCUGGGUGUGGUGGCGCUGCACGUCGGCCCCGCGGCCAAUGUGAGCAAGGUGGAGUCGUUCAAGCUGCUGUAUCACGUGCUGGAGAUCAUCCCCGCCUACAGGCAAGGCACUGGCCCAGCAAGCCGCGCUCGCCUGCGCUUGCGGGCAGCUGCAGAGGCAGGGGCGCGGCAGGAAGAGGCCAGCCAGGACCGGGUGCAGCCCCUGCUGCGCAUGCUGUGCUCCUCCACAGCGUGCGACGACGUGCCCGGCUUCACCGCCGCGCUCCAGGGCCUGGUGGCGGGGCAGCCGCACGUGCGCGGCGCGGCGCUGCAAGCGCUGGACCACUCACCGGCGAUCAACGAUGCCGAGGUGCCUGCCGACGACGCUGUGCUGGCGCUGAUGUGGCUGGCCAGGCGGGACCUUUAUGAGGCCAACGCCGAGGUGGCGCAGGGGCUGUGGGAGGAGGCCUGCUGCUCCCUGCCCCCCACCUUUGCCCCAGCCCUGAUGCCCCACCUCAGCAGCCCACACCCGGACGUGCGCGUCGCGGCGGCCUCCGCGCUGGCUGAGGGCGUGGAGGAGCACCCCGGCGUGGUGGGGCAGGCGCUGGGCGGCGCGCUGGAUCUCUACGAGUCCCCCGCCGCCGACGACGGCCUGUCGGCGCGCGCGGGCGCCGCCGCCGCGCUGCGCGCGCUGGCCCCUAGCCUCGCCGCCGACCAGCUGCCCGCCACCCUGGACUUUUUGCUCAGCAAGGGCCUGGCAGACGGCCACGCCGCCAUCCGCGAAGCCAUGAUCGCCGCGGGCGUGGCUGUGGUGAAUGCGCAUGGGGGGCAGAAUGCGGAGGCCCUGCUGCCGCUGUUUGAGUCGUACCUGGACAAGAAGGCCGCGCUGAGCGGCCUGUCUGAGAGCCAGUACGACAACGUGCGGGGCGGGGCGGUCGUGUUCCUGGGCACGCUGGCACGCCACCUGGACCCGCAAAACCCCAAGGCAAGCGCCCGCUGGGGGGCACAGAGGCGCGGCGCGUCGCGCGCUGGGUGGUGGCGUGCAUUGUGUGUGCGCGUCCGCAGCAUCGUGGGCACGCUGCUGGAGGUGCUGACCACGCCCAGCGAGAGCGUGCAGCGCGGCGUGUCCGAUUGCCUGCCGCCCCUCAUGCAGGCAAGUCGCGGCGGGGGGCGGCUGGCGCUGCAGGGCGACUCUGCGUUUGUGGAGGGCACGGUGCAGGCGCUGCUGCAGCGCUGCCUCAAGGGGGCCAAUUACGGGGACAGGCGCGGCGCGGCGUACGGCCUUGCCGGCGCGGUGCGUGGGCUGGGCAUCAGCAGCCUGCGCGGGCUGGGCAUCAUGGAUGCGCUCAAGGCGGCGAUCGAGGACAAGGGCAGCGCGGAGGCGCGGGAAGGCUCCCUGCUGGCCUUUGAGUGCCUCAGCGACAAGCUGGGCCGCCUGUUUGAGCCCUACGUCAUCCAGAUCCUCCCCAUGCUGCUCGUCUGCUUCGGCGACAGCUCGCAGGCGGUGCGGGACGCCGCCGACGGCGCGGCGCGGGCCAUCAUGGGGCAGCUCACGGGCCAGGGUGUGAAGCUGGUGCUGCCGGCGCUGCUCAAGGGUGUGGAGGACAAGGCGUGGCGAACCAAGCAGGGCAGCAUCCAGCUGCUGGGUGCCAUGGCGCACUGCGCUCCCAAGCAGCUCGGCUCCUGCCUGCCCGUGGUGGUGCCCCGCCUGGGCGAGGUGCUGGCUGACCCGCACCCCAAGGUGGCAGCCGCCGCCCGCACCGCACUGAACGAGGUCGGCUCUGUGAUCCGCAACCCCGAGGUCGCCAAGCUGGUGCCGGUGCUGCUGGCCGCCAUCGCCGACCCCGCCGCCUCCAACAAGCAGUGCCUGGACACGCUUCUGGCCACGGUGUUUGUCAACACGGUGGACGCCCCCUCCCUGGCCCUCAUCAUCCCCGUGGUGCACCGCGGCCUGAGGGACCGGUCGGGCGACCUGAAGAAGCGCGCCGCACGCAUCGUGGGCAACCUGUGCACUCUGGCUAACGACCCGCGAGACAUGCAGCCAUACGUGCCGCUGCUGCUGCCAGAGCUCAAGGCUGCGCUGGUGGACCCCUUACCCGAGGUGCGCGCCACAGCUGCCAAGGCCAUGGGCUCGCUGGUCAAGGACAUGGGUGAGGAGGGGCUGGGCGGCGUGGUGCCCUGGCUGCUGGAGAAGCUGCGCAGCGAGUCGUCGGCGGUGGAGCGCAGCGGCGCGGCGCAGGGGCUGGGCGAGGUGCUUGCGGUGCAGGGGGCGGGGCAGGUGGCGGCGCUGCUGCCCGACAUCAUCGCGGGAUGCCGCGCGCGCAACGCGGCCGUGCGCGAGGGCCACCUCACCCUGUUCAAGUACCUGCCGCUGUGCAUGCCAGACGAGUUUGUGGCGCACCUGCCUGAGGUGCUCACCUGCAUUCUGGACGGCCUGGCGGACGAGGCUGAGGGUGUGCGGGACGCGGCGCUGGCGGCGGGGCGCGUGGCGGUGGAGCUGUAUGCCGAGAGCUCGCUGGCGCUGGUGCUGCCUGCGGUGGAGGCGGGGAUCACCAACGCCAACUGGCGCAUCCGCCAGUCCAGCGUGGAGCUGCUGGGUGACCUGCUGUUCAAGGUGGGCCUGUCCCUCAAGGCAGUGACCGCCGCCGCCGGCGACGAUGAGGAGCUGCGGUCCGCGGCCGCGGGCGCAGCGGGCGCCUUCGCCAGGCACUGCGCGCCGGAGGAGCUGUCGGCGCUGCUAGAGGCGGGGCCGCUGGGCGGCGGCAGCGGGCGCCUGUCGGAACGCAUCGGCUCUGCUCAGACGGCGGCGGCGGUGGCGCAGCACGCUGCGGCGCGGCUGGAGGAGCAGGGCCUGCUGCCACGGUUUGUGGAGUCGAUAGUGAAGGCGGGGCGUGACCCCUCGCCCGACGUCAAGGCCGCGGCGGCGCGGGCCACCGGCCGCCUGCUGCUGGCGCAGGCCGAGGAGGGCCAGGGCGCGCCGCCGCAGUCGCUGCCCAUGCUGCUGUCCACGGGCGUGGCGCUGCUGGGCAUGGAUCAGGAUUCGGAGGUCCAGCGCACCAUGCUGUCGGUGCUGCGCCGGGUGGCGGCGGCGUCGCCGCGGGCGCUGCCGCCUCACUGGAAGGAGGUGGUGCCCUCCAUCUGCGCCAUUGUGCAGGGCACGUCCGGCCCCACCAAGGUUGCGGCGGAGCGGUGCCUGGCGCGGGUGCUGGGGCUGGACCGGGGCCUGGAUGCGGCGCUGGCCUGGGUGCCCAGCGGCGGCCCGCUGGCGCGCACCAUCCUGCAGGAGGUCUACCUGCGCCGCCUCUCCAAGCUGCCCACAGAGGAGGACGACGACGGCCUGCUGUAG